GUUCCCUGAAGUCGUCGGGUGGUGGUUGCUCGCAUCAUGGCUCGCGUCGUUAUCCCUCUCGUGGCGCUUGCUAUCUCGUCCGUCUUGUUUGCCGCCGUCCGUCGACGAGCUAAGAAGGAGCGCCCGUUCCCGUCGGUCCGUACGCCGAUCAAGCGCGUCCCGCUGGACGAAUUGCCCAAGCUCAAGAACGAUCUGGUCAUCCGAGCGUAUUUGGGCCAACCUACUGAGCGCGUCCCCGUGUGGUGCAUGCGUCAAGCCGGUCGUCACUUGCCGGAAUUCCGUGCUUUGCGCCAAGCGGGCUACGAUUUCUUCACUAUGUGCGGUGUUCCUGAACUCGCGGCCGAAGUUACGUUGCAGCCCGUGCGCCGUUACAACGUCGACGCCGCCAUCAUUUUCAGCGACAUCCUUGUCGUGCCCCAAGCGAUGGGGAUGGAAGUGGUGAUGUUGCCUGGUGUGGGUCCGGUGCUCCCAGCGCCCUUGCGCACCCCCGCCGACUUGGACCGUCUCGUCGAGCACCCCGACAUCGAAGCGACGCUGGGAUACAACUUGGACGCGAUCAACUUGACACGUCAACUCCUCAAGGGCCAAGUCCCUCUGAUCGGGUUCUGUGGCGGUCCGUUCACGCUGUUUACGUACAUGGUGGAAGGGGGCGCAUCCAAGACCAAGUCAAAGGUCAAGACUUGGCUGUACAACCACCCGGAAGCCGCCCAUCGCGCGCUUCACGCGAUCACAGACGUGUGCGUUCGCUUCCUGUUAGAGCAGCAUGCCGCCGGUGCGCAAGCGCUCCAGGUUUUUGAGAGCGUCGGUGCCGAGGUGUUGACCCAGGCGCACUUUUACGAGUUUGCAUUCACGUACAUGGCUCAAAUUGCCGAUCGUGUCAAGGAUAAGCUCCCGGACGUGCCGCUCGUUGGGUUCUCCAAGGGCACGCCGUACGCGUUUGAGCAACUGGCCACAACCAAGUACGACUGCCUUGGGUUGGACUGGACAAUGGAUCCUGUCGCAGUGCGGCAGCAGACCGGCGACCGCGUGAGUCUCCAGGGAAACCUGGACUCUGCCGCCAUCUAUGCCGAGCCAGAGACCAUUCGCAACGAAGUCAAGAAGAUGCUCGAUGCGUUCGGGACGCAAAAGUACGUGGCCAACUUUGGCCACGGGUGCAACCCAGACUUUGACCCGGAGCGAGUCGACACGUUUGUCAAGGCAGUCCAACAGCUCUCGUUACAAUAGGCGACGUAAACGCACCACGUCGAACCAACGUUGGAGAGUGCCAUGAACGAUUUAUUCAGAGGGGCUUGACGUUGAGGGCAUCGGCAAAUACCUAGUUCACCAUGACGAACGCCAUGCUACGGCAAACUGACCGUGAACAUGGAGCUCACGCUCUCCAU